UACGCUCCCUAUGUGGCGUACACUACAGAUUUUCAGUACUGGCAAUGAAUUUUGGAACACAGCCCUGGUAGGAGAGGUUAAGUAAUCAUCGUAAUCCCAACCGCAAUCGAGUUCACAACCCGUGAUACGAUUUUUACGAGAUGUCAACCUGGCCACGUGCUUAAUGAUCAAUAUCAAGCGUGAGUCCGAAGAGAAUUAUUUCUUCACAUAUCUAGACACGUUCCACUUGUUUGCAAUCCUGGGAAGGAAUGUCGGAUCACAAUAUUCACGCUUUCGCCUUGGAAUAAUAGAUACGUUAACCUCCUUUUUCAGUAAAUUAUUUAAUUUUCUACGAUAAAGAAUUGAUAUCAUUCUUGUAUUUUAAGGUCUCGAUGAUGGUAAAUUAAGACAGAUCGUUUAUCUAAGUAUAUAUAUAAAAUUUAAACAAGAUGAAUAUCGAGAAACUUAUCAAGAGGAAACAACAUGCCAAACGAGACAACAAUCUCUAUCAGUUGGCCGAAAUCACGAAGGAUCUCGGAGACGUGUACUUUGAAAGUGAGCAACCAAAGAAGGCUCUGCAGGAAUAUACGGAACAGUUGAGCACCUGCGAAACAUUGCGGGACAAGUUGAAUUGUGCGAUAGCCCAUAGAAUGAUUGGAGAGGUUCAUGCGAGCCAGGGAGACUACGAGCAAGCUCUGAUACAUCAAAAUCUACAUUUGGAGGGUGCCAGGAAAAUGAAGAACUCGAUAGAGGAACAACGUGCAUUUGCCACUUUAGGUAGAACUUAUUUCUGCCUAGCUGAAAGCCUGUCAGAUCAUUCGCAGAAACGCAAGGAGGCUUUGACGAAUUCAAAAAUGGCCUAUGUCAAUAGUAUGGAGUUGUGUGAUAAAUUAACAAUGAACGAAAUCAAGCUAGAAGAGAAGAUACUAAUGCGAGCGAGAUUACUGCUGAAUUUAGGAUUAACAUUGGAAGCGCAGAAGGAGACGCAAGAGGCAAUCGAUCUGAUCGAACAAGCCACUAAGUUGUGCGUAUCGAAUAAUUUUCAGGAGGAUUUACAUCGAACGUGCAUUUCCUUGGCAGCUAUAUAUGAACGACAAGGCGAUCAUGAGCUGGCGUUGAGCUACAUUGAAACCGCAAGCACUGUACAAGACGUACGCCUGAAAAACGAAGCGAAACUGUCCAAGAUCGAACUGUUUAUGCGGCUUGGAAAGUGGAUUGAAACGCGUAAAAUAUUGAUUUCUUUAUACACGAGUAAGGGAUUAUCAAGGGACAUGAGACAUCAAGUGGAGAAAUAUUUAAGGAUUAUUGUAACUCUGUGUCGAGCAGAAAAUAAGCUCCUUGUCGAGACUAAUAUUCAAGUCCAGCAACAAUUGUACGAAACCUUGGGCGAUGCGGCGGUUGCCCUGCAAUGCUUCGACAAAGGUGCGGAUUAUUAUCGACGUAUGCUGACCUGCGCCGAGGAAACGGGCGAGCAAAUAAGUAUUUCCUUAGUAAGCCUCGCUCAAACCCUCAAGGAUGCAGGGCGACCUAAGGAAGCCUUACCCUUCGCGCAGAGGGAACUCAGUCUCUGCACUAAUCCUCGAGAGAAAUGUAGAUCGGCGUUAUUUCUAGCAGAUUUGUUAAUAGGGACAAAUGCUUCUGAUGCGGAAAUCCGGGAAUGUUACACCAUGGCUUUGGGUUCGGUGAACGAAAGCGACAAUAUUAAGCUGCAAAGAUCUGUUGUGAAAGAACUCGUCAAUUAUUUGGAAAGCACAAACCAGUUCGAGGAGGCAAAGGGUAUGAGGCAAGAGGCAGGAUUAUCGGAUAAGAUACCAAGCGAUACGGAAAGCGAAGCAGCCUCCGAAGAAAGCGAUCAGAUUGGCGCGGAUAUCUGUUUGGAGGAGCUGUCCGAUCUCGAGGACGAGAUCGAAGGAAAUAUCAGGAGGACGACUAAGAGAAGGGUAGGAACGAUCAAGAGAAACGCGAAGGGAGAGACCCAAUUGCACGUAGCGUGCAUUAAUGGGGACAUUGGGGCUGUCGAGAAACUCUUAUCCUCUGGGCAUCCUACGAACGUUAGAGAUCACUGCGGUUGGUCCCCUCUUCACGAAGCUGCGAAUCACGGCUACGUGGAUAUCGCGGAAUUGCUCCUGAGACAUGGGGCGAACGUGAACGAUCCGGGUGGCAUGUCCUGCAAAGGAGUGACCCCGCUUCACGAUGCCGCUUGUUGCGGGCAUUUUUCGAUGAUACAGCUGCUGAUACAACACGGGGCGAAUGUGAAGCUGAAGACUCACGACAGAGACACGGUGUUGGAUUGUUUAAACGAUUGGAAAGAUCGAGUGGGAGAUUUAAGUCCUGAAGAUUUCGUAGAAUACGACACGAUAUGUAAAAAGCUUUCCGCCUUCAUUCCGGUAAAGAAGAAGCGAAGAAGAUCGAACAACGCUCAGAUAUCGAAUAAGGAGUCUCACUCAGAUAAAGAGUCUGAGAUUGACAAAAUAUCUGCUGGUGAAGAUUAUAAGAGAACGAUAGCGAAUCUGAGGUCUUUCAACAAAGUUAACACAGUUGCAUUCAAAAGCAGUAAUGACGCGCCUUUAGUCAGCGAGGAACAGGUUCUCAUCGACGAUUGGCUGGAGGAUGAUAUCGGUAGUAUAACGAAGAAGAAAUGUACGUCGAAUAAUUAUAUUCCUACAGGCAAAAGAAAGUCCGAUGAAGACAUAGAAGGUACUACGAAGAAAUUUAAGCAAAGAUGUACGCUUCAAAAUGAAGAAUAUCUAAAUACAAGCGAGGACAGUGAUGAAAGUAGCGUUGCUACCGAAAUUAUUCAAUUAUCCAAAAUAUCCAAAAGAGUUAAAAGAAAACGACAGACUUCCCUGAUAACGAAUGGAUUUACCGUGUCUCGUUCACCGUCCCCUAUGAUUCAUGAAUUGCAAUCAUGCUCGCGUACUCCAGCUUUUGAACAACAACAUGAUGCAGAAUACAUACAUUUACGUGUACUCGUUAAGGAAGAUGCGUUUGACCUAAAAGUGGCGGUUUGCGAAGACGAGGGGGAAUUUCUUAACUCUAUCCAAACUUCUGUAGAAUCAAUGUUCUUUCGUGAAACUGCUUGCACGGCCAAAUUAUUGUUGCGACCAAUAAACGGAGACGUAACGGUCACGAGGGAGAGUAUCUUGAAGGUUGCAACGGAGGAAAACGCUAGACUAGAAUGCGAGGUGGUUGAACUGAGGAUACCAUCCAUCGUCGAGCGAUACAGGACCAUCUGCGAUAUUUACAGUUCGAGUCCCCGGGAGAAUGUGUUGAGCUGCUUGAAAUCCUGCGAAAAUACGUCCAUACUUCGCACGAGACCCGACGAUAUCUCCAAAGAACUUAUUGUGCCGUUAUUGAAGACUUUGGGGUAUCAGAGGAACGUUACACUGUUGCAACUAUCAGGCACCGUUCUGGGAAUGGCUGGAGCGCACUUGUACCGGUGUCUCUCGAGUCUCCCAUCCUUGCAGGAGCUCCAUUUAAAGGGCUGCGACAUCGACUUUGCCUGUCUGCGUGAAAUAAUCUCAUUGCCGCCCCAGUUGAGGAUCCUCGAUUUAAGUUACAAUCCAUUAUGUUCGGAGAGUCGCGACGUCCUCAGGGACCUAAUAGCGUCCCUAAAAUACUUGCGGGUCCUCAAUUUGCGCUACUGCAAACUAGAAGACUUUCAUCUUCCGCUCAACAAUCCUAAUCUGACAAGUUGCGACAUUUCAUGGAAUAAAUUGAGCCGCGAUGCGACAAGUUAUUUCUCGAAUAAGCAAUUGUUCGAUUUGAAUCUAUCCAACAUCACUUGCUCCGACAAAUUUGUCUCGAGUUUAGUAGCGGGUACAGUUCUAGCGUCAAACUUGGAGUCGCUAGAACUCUCAUUUUGCGACAUAACAGAUUCUGAUGUAAAGAUUAUUCUAGUAUACUUGCCUAAACUCUCGAGAUUAAUACUUCGCGGAAACACGAAUGUAACUGUAUCGUCUAUAAAUAUAUUAUUGUGUCGUCGACCUACAUUAACUUACAUCGAUGUUAGUGGCUGUAAAGAUAUCGCGAGUAAUCCGGAGGAGGAAUUAAUUAUACAAAAUCCCGAGGUUUGUACGUUACUGGUCAACAUGGAACCGAAUUUCUGUGAUUUAUGGAUUAAACUGUGGCGCGGUGCAGGUACUGUAAUAAAAUUGCCUCAUAAUUUAGCAAUAUUUAAACCAAUAAAACCUUUUGUCGGAAAUCCUUAAAAUUUGAUUUUGAUACAAUAUUGAUAAAUAUAAUUUAUAUAUAUCUAUAUGUAAUAAGUUUGUACAUUU